UAGCCGCGGGGUUUGGCUCCAGAAUUGCUCAGAAGGGUUGGAGUUUCGCUCCAGGCCGCUCCCGAUUUGCUGCCCCGAGAGCUGCGGAAGAAAUUCUCAGAAUUGAGUCGUAGAGUGCAGAUUGCAGACUGCACAUUGCAAUUAGUGCUGGGAAAUUGGGAAAUUGGUCCCGUCGUUCCAGUUCAUAGGGUUUUAGAGAGAAGCCCGGUCACCAUUUGGUUAAGAUUUGCAGAUUCACUGCCGUCGGUGGGGGAGGGAAUUUUUGCACGGGACGUGACGAGGAGUGCAAAUUGGAAAGACUGGCGGGUCUCCGGAUUGUAGAGUGCUCAGUUUUCAGCACAAAUGGACUCGUCAGAAGAUCUGGCGAUCGAAAGUACUUCGAACCAUGAAGCUUAUGCGAUGCAGCCCGCUGACCUCUACGCUAUGGAUCUUGGCAACUUGAUGGUCUUCGAUCCGCGAGCUUCUUUUUCCUCACCGGCUGAAUGCCUUGAGAAAGCGAGAGAGUUGAUCCAGGCCCUCAGUGAUAAGUUGUACGAGCUUCCAGCGACCGUUGACAAAGUCGGACGCCUCGUGACUUUGCCUCCUCCAACAACGCGUCUUCCUCGGGAGAAGCCGCUACCCAAGCCAAGGCCUCCGACAAAAUGGGAGCAGUUCGCACAGAAGAAAGGGAUUAAGAAGAGGAAACGAAGCAAGUUGGAGUACGAUGAUCAAACUGAUGAGUGGAGAAGAAGACAUGGGUACAAACGUGUUAACGACGAGAAUCAAAUACCUUGGAUAGAGGCUAGGGAUACCGACGAGCCUGGAGUGGAUCCAUUCGAAAAACUGAAAUCUGACAAGAAGGAGCGCGUUGCCAAGCAGGAAAAGAAUCAACUGAGUAACCUUAAAGCCGCAGCAAAGAAAGGUGGCAAAGGUGCUCUUCCAAGUACGUUGCAGUUGGCAGCUACCUCACUCCCUAUUACAGGCAGCAAAACUCCUACCAAGCGUAUGAAUAAGGACGAAAUUGGAUUUGCAGCUGGUCUUGCCAGCACUGCCACCGCCAGUGGUGGCAAGUUUGACAAAAAGCUACCGGGGGAGAAAGCUCCAAAGCAGACUGGGAAACAUCGGAAGUUCUUACCAGUUGUUGGUAGCAAAGGCCAAUCGAGUAAAGAAAAAGAACAACUCGGCAAUGUGUUGUCCAAAGUAUUGGCGAAAUACAAUCACGACAUACUAGAUGUCGGCAAGGCUGUCAGCAAGUACAACGUGGAAGAAGAGGGUAAGCGUGCGCAGGAGAAUAAGAAGGCUGGAGGCAAAGGGCUGCGGAAGUUUUCCGGCAAGGAUCGAUCUGCGAAGAAGGGAGGAUUGUUCAACAAAAAGUCAGGUGGAUCUAGAGCUGGUGGUGGUUCAGGUGGCAAAUCAGGUGGUAGCAAGAAACCUUUAGGAACUAAGAGUGCUGGGUCAUUUAAAGGCAAGGCAGGUGGAGGUUCUGCUAAAAGGAAGUGAAUGUAGGGCUGUUUCUUCUCCCUAUUUGUAGCUUUCUAAUUUGAGUAAUCAAUUUUUGAUCCCAUUAGAGUUUUGUACCAUAAAUAAAACGACAAAAGUUUAAUAUUUUACUGGUCAUCCUGCCAUGUUGAAGAGUAUUUAAUCCGCUUGGUGAUGUGCAAUUUUGCCCCGCCGUUCUUUUCAUCUGGUUGUGGUCCAUGCUUGAGUGUUGAAUGAAUCAUCAUCUUUCACUUAAAGAGCAAUUUUGUCAUGUAAAUCAGCUGAAACAAGUGGAUGG